AUGUCAUUCUCCAUUUUAUAAAUGUAUUACAUUCUAUCAAUCUGCUUCAUUAAUAAAGUUGCAUCUGCGAUAACAAGAAGUGAUUUAAUUUUAAGAAGUUUCUACUAUGUCAUUGACAAGUAUUUUACCAAAUCCCACCAAUUCCGUUUGGGAUAGAGAAGAUGAAAGACGAGUCACAGCAAAAGGAGCGCCCAAAAUAGGUGCUUUGGUGUCAGCAAAAAUUGCAGCACCUCCCUAUGGGCAACGUAAGGAUUGGGUUCCGCGUACGGAAGCAGAUUUUGGUGAUGGCGGAGCUUUUCCAGAAAUCCACGUAGCACAAUAUCCAUUGGGCUUGGGCUGCCCAUCAAAUAUUGGAAAAAAAUCAAAUGCACUAGCUGUACGUUUGGAUGAGAAAGGAAAAAUUAAAUACGACGCCAUAGCAAGACAAGGUCACGGGAAAGAUAAAAUUGUUUACUCUUCCAUAUCGCAAUUACUUCCAGCUGAGGUAUUAGCAGAAGAUGCAGAAGAGUUACAACUUCCUGAUGCGGAAACUAUUGCAGAGACAACAGAGGAAACACGUAGAGCGUUGGAAAAGUUGACUAGUCAAAAAAUUGCAUCGGCUUUACCUGUAAGACAUGCAGAAAAACUGGCACCUGCACAAUAUAUACGAUACACACCGUCACAACAAGGUGACGCAUUUAAUUCUGGAGCUAAACAGCGUGUUAUAAGAAUGGUAGAAGCGCAGCAGGAUCCAAUGGAACCACCAAAAUUUAGAAUUAAUAAAAAAGUACCUCGUGGACCUCCAUCACCGCCUGCACCGGUUUUGCAUUCACCAACACGAAAAGUUACUGUGAAAGAACAAAAGGAAUGGAAAAUUCCUCCCUGCAUAUCAAACUGGAAAAAUGCUAAAGGUUACACUAUUCCGUUGGACAAACGUUUGGCUGCCGAUGGACGUGGCUUGCAGCAAGUUCAUAUUAAUGAGAAAUUUGCCAAAAUGGCUGAGGCAUUGUAUAUUGCAGAUCGUAAAGCACGAGAAGCUGUUGAGGCGCGUGCACAACUGGAGAAGAAACUGGCACAAAAGGAGAAAGAAAAGAAGGAAGAUAUGCUUCGUAUGAUGGCACAGAGAGCAAGAGAUGAGCGAGCAGGUUUACGAAAUCCAGAAGAUGUUCCUAGCGCAAGUUCAGACGUAAGGGAGAGAAACGAAAUACGUGCAGAUCGUCAUCGUGAAAGGCAAAGAGAUCGUAAUUUGGCUCGAGCUGCACCAGAAAAACGUUCCAAAUUGCAACGUGAACGUGAACGAGAUAUAUCAGAACAAAUUGCACUUGGCAUGCCAGGGAAGACGUCUACCAAUGGUGAACCACUCUUUGACCAAAGAUUGUUUAACACAACAAAAGGCAUGGAUUCAGGUUAUGGAGACGAUGAAGUUUAUAAUGUUUAUGACAAACCAUGGCGUGAUACUAAUACUUUAGGCACUCACUUGUAUAGACCAAGUAAACAAAUUGAUAAUGACACGUAUGGCGCCGAUUUAGAUCGUAUUGUAAAUACACAACGUUUCGUUCCUGAUAAAGAGUUCGCUGGAACUAGUCGUGGUCCAAAUGCGCCACAAAGAAAUGGCCCGGUACAAUUUGAAAAGGAGGAAGAUCCAUUUGGUUUGGAUCAGUUCUUGAAUAUGGCCAAGAAAGCACCAAAGAGAGGUGAAGAUAAAUCUGAUCGUAGUAAUUCUGAUAAAAAACGUAAGAAGGAAUAAAGAAUUUUAUAUUUUAAACUUAAUUUUGAUAGUAAAUUGAAUAUUCUUAUUUCAAUAAUUAUAAUCAUAC